UCUACUAGCAUACUGCUGUUGUGACCCCCAUGUUUUUCAGCUGAAAGUCAAAACUAACACCGCAAUUAAGAAAUAAAAACAAACAGAUCUAAUCUAGAUCUAGAAUCUAUUGGCAAGGAAGAGAUCCAGAUCCAUCAUUUUAAUAAAUAGUAUAAAUGUUUCACAACUUAACCUGUGAUUUAACCUGUGAUUUAAUUAGGAGUUCAACAUUGUUGAUGAGGUUUUGAUUAUGUCGGGGGUUGCUCACAUUAGAAUGGAUGAAGAUGAAGCAGUCGCUGGCCAGCGCAACCUUGGCAACGGCCAUAGUCAUGAGUCUGCUCUUCAGCUAUUCGUAAAUGCCAAAAAGAAGAUAAAUGAUAUAUUCAAAAAUAUUGGGCAGUAUGUUUGUGAAGCAGAUAAAUUUGUUAGAGACAUUUCUGGUUCAUCUGAUCUGAAAGCUUUGGUAUCAGAGGAAAAUAUAAAUGUUGUGAAAGGAUUUAGAGAGAAAAUUGAUGGAAUAGCAGAAGUUUUGGCUAGAGACCAUAUGAAAGUUGUGUUUUUUGGAAGAACUUCUAAUGGUAAAAGUACUGUUAUAAAUGCUAUGCUCCGUGACAAAAUUCUACCCAGUGGUAUAGGGCAUACAACCCACUGCUUUAUUCAAGUUGAGGGAUCUGAUGGAAAAGAGGGUUGUUUACUUACUGAGGAAUCUGAAAAACCAAAAAGUAUUAAAGACAUUAAACAACUUGCUAGUGCUUUAAGUGAUGUUAAGCUUUCACAAAACUCCUUGAUUCGCAUCCUUUGGCCUAAAGACAAAUGCAGACUUUUAAGAGAUGAUGUAAUCCUGGUUGACAGCCCUGGAAUUGAUGUUACACCUGACCUUGAUACUUGGAUAGACAAGUUUUGUCUAGAUGCAGAUGUUUUUGUGCUGGUUGCGAAUGCGGAGUCAACUUUAAUGCAAACAGAGAAAAACUUCUUCCACAAAGUGAGCUCUCGGUUGUCUCAGCCCAAUAUUUUUAUCUUACAAAACCGAUGGGAUGUUUCUGAGAUGGAGGAGGACAUUGAUCAGGUAAAACAGCAGCAUAUUGAUAGAAACACAGAAUUUCUGGUGGAAGAAUUAAAGGUGACAGAUAAAAAGGCUGCAAGGGAUAGAGUGUUUUUUGUUUCAGCUCGUGAGGCACUUGCCUCUAGGUUGAGCUGUGACAAAGGAAUAGCCACACCAGAACGUAUACUUCUACCAGGCUUUCAGGCUAGGUUGUUUGAGUUCGCCAACUUUGAAAAAGAGUUUGAGACAUGCAUUUCUCAGUCAGCUGUAAAAACUAAAUUUGAGCAGCACACUAAAAGAGCACAUAACAUUAAUUCAGAGAUACGUUCUGUAAUGGAAGAAGCAUAUACUAAAAGUUUGAGUUUACAAGAUGAGCAAGUUCAGCUCCGCAGAGAAAAGUCAGCAAGACUUGGUCUGUUGGAUAAGCAGUUAGAUGCCUUGACUAGUGAUGUGAAAAUAAAAAUAAGAAAUAUGGUUGAAGAUGUGGAAAGAAAGGUUUCUGCAGCUCUUAAUGAUGAAAUCAGACGUCUGUCACUACUAGUUGAAGAGUUUGAAAGACCAUUCCAUCCUGACCCCAUGCUAUUGAAUGUAUAUAAAAAGGAACUUCAUUCACAUAUAGAACAAACUUUAGGCAGAAAUCUUCAAGCUCGAUGUUCCUCACUGGUCAUACAAGCAGUAGACGCUACACAGAAAAAUAUGACAGAUCGGCUUUCUGAAAUCCUGCCUUCUGAUUCUAAGCAGCAACUAAUGAAUCUCAUGCCUAAGCGGGACUUUGAAAUAGCCUACCGUCUGGACUGUCGAAAUUUGUGUGCCGGGUUUCGUGAGGACAUUGAAUUCAGAUUUUCUUUAAGCCCAACUGCCCUUAUGCAGCGCUUCUUAGGCAUCAAAGAUCAAAUCAACUUGAAGAAGGAAGCAACUUCAAAUACCAGGAGAGGUUCAUUGUCAGGAGAUAGCCACCAUCCGAUGACUGGUAGCAAUGAUGGUGAAAUAAUGUUGUCCUUGCUUGCCACAUUUGCCUCCCUUACAUCUAGGUCUACACUAGGUGCAGCUGUUGUUGUUGGGCUGGUUGCUAAAGCAGCAGGCUGGAGGGUGAUCAUAGUGACUGGUGCUAUGUAUGGUGGUGUCUACCUUUAUGAACGACUGACAUGGACCACUAAAGCCAGAGAAAAGGCAUUCAAGCAGCAAUAUGUUGAUUAUGCAAGCAGCAAGCUGAGACUCAUCAUAGAUUUAACCAGCUCUAACUGCAGUCAUCAAGUACAACAAGAAUUAACAUCUACAUUUGCUCGACUUUGCCAUCAAGCAGAUAUCACAAAGACUCAGUUAGAAGCUGAAAUUAAGGAUGUAGACAGCGGAUUAUCUAUUUUAAAAGAGAUUUCUUCUAGGGCUAAAUCCCUGAGGAACAAAGCUGAUUUCUUUGAUAGUGAGCUUAAAGGAUUUGUGACGCAGUUUCUUUGUUAUUCUGGCCUGUGACCUGACAUGACCUGAGCUAAUUCAUCAACCUUGUCUUAUUGCACUAGUUGUAAAUAGCAGCUGAGUUCUUAAAAAGCCAUAUUUUUUUAAUUACCCCAUAUCCUUAUUUACAACAAUUGUACAAAUUAAAACUUAAAUUAUUUAGUAGAUUACAUUAUUUACUUAUUUACAUAGCUGGAUUGGAUUAAGUUAAAAGCAUUUUAGCUGUACAUACUCUAAAUGUACACAUUAAUCCAUGUUAUUGAUGCAUUAGUAGUGUUGCUGCAAUAGAAUCUUGAUUUUUUUUUCAAACUGUACAUAAUUAUUUUAAAAAUUGAUUUUACUAUUUGUACCUAUGUAUACUUUUUAUAAUUAACUUUUCACAUUAAUUGCCCUUCCAAAGAAAUUUUUUUAAGCAAACAUUUGUAAUUAUUAGUAAAAAGAACCUACAAAUGACAUCAGAUUGUCAGGAUAGUAAAACACUGAAUUGGUUUUGGUUUUCAUAUGACUUGAUGUUCCAUAGAAUUGUAGUUGUAAUGGAUUUAAUCCAAAAAAAGGGUGUCCACAAAUCAUUGAAGAAUGUUUUGAGUGAGCUGCAAACACUUGGUUUGGUAAAGAUUUUAUUAGCAUGUUACGGAAGCACUUGAAGCUAGUUUUGUUCUUUAGUAUCAUACAGUGUAAGAGAAAUCUGUUAUGGAACAGAACAUAUUUGAGGACUAUUUUGUCUGUAUAAAGAAAGAUAUAUGUGGGUAUACAUUGUUGAAGUGAUGGUGAAGGGCUGGUCAGUUUAUGAUGUAGUUUAGUCAGUACGUACAAGAACAUAUGAGCUGUUUGAACCUGACAGCAAUGACAACAGCUCUGUCCAUCAGUGGCAACAGCUAUGCGCAGCUGAUUAGAUUAAUAAUGUAGAUUUUAUUCUACACGUUGAUUGCCAUCAAACUAUUCAAGAAAAACACAAAUAAAUGAUUGAUAAACCUUGGAUUCUGUAUGCUUAACAUACAAACAAGAAAAUAUUAUUUACUCUUCAUCAAAUUUUGUUUCUUUUGGGUGUUUAGAAUAUUGCCAAUUUAUUUUUUACAUUUGCUAUUUGUAUUGUCUCAUUAAAACCAAUUCAAAUAAAGAUAGACUCACAAUCAUGAGCAAAUACAUGAAUUGUUAGGAUUUGUAAGAUCUUAAUUUUGGUUCCUGUCCAUUUUAUUUAUCUAUGUGCUCUAUAUGAAUACAUUUGUGACAUCACAUUUGCCUAGAAUUUGAAUAAUGUAUGAGCACAGAUUUGCUGUGGUGAUUGGUACUACACCAGAAUACAUAUGUAAGUCUUGGACAUAACCUGUCUUGAGAAUAAAUUAUUUCAU